AUGGGCUCCAUAGAGCAAAAGUCGCAUUUCAAGAAGAUCCAGAACUUCAAGGCCGAUUACACUGAAGCAGAGUUCACUCAGUAUGAAUCGCAGCGAACGGGUAUGCGGGCGGUGGUGGUCGAUCGGAAAGGACCGAAGGUCUAUGGUUACUUUGCUGUAGCCACUGAAAUUCAUGACGACUCUGGGUCACCACAUACUCUAGAGCAUUUAUGUUUUAUGGGCUCGCGGAGGUACCCUUACAAAGGUGUCCUUGACAAGUUCGCAACGCGAGCCUACUCUGACACCAAUGCUUGGACGGAUGUUGCCGAGACAGUCUACACUCUAUCCACCGCUGGCUGGGAAGGCUUUGCUCAAAUUCUACCAAUCUAUCUAGACCACCUUGUAGUGCCUACGCUUACCGAUGCCGGGUGCUACACGGAAGUGCAUCACGUUGACGGCAAUGGCUAUGAUGCAGGUGUUGUCUACGCGGAAAUGCAGGGCCGGGAAAACCUUCAGGGCGACCUCAUGGACUUGCAGAUGCGCCGCCAUCUCUACCCGGAGGGCGACGGGUUCCGGUACGAGACAGGAGGCAUGACAGAAGCUUUACGAGUCUUGACCGCCGAGCGUAUCCGUCGGUUCCACAAAGACAUGUACCAGCCCAAGAAUCUCAGGCUGGUUCUAAUAGGCGAGGUUGAUCAUUCAAAUCUUCUGGAUAUCCUCGACAAGUUCGAAGACGACAUCGUGGAUAGCGUACCUACGUACGACGCCCCCUUCAAGCGUCCGUGGGUUGAGUCCAAGCUCACACCGCCAUUGAAUAAGACCAUCGUCGAUACGGUCGAGUUCCCGGAAGAAGAUGAGUCUACCGGCGAGAUCCAGAUUGCAUUCCUUGGUCCUGAGGCCACUGAUGAUAAGUCUGAAACCGUCCUCAACACUCUUCUGAUGUACCUCGCUGGGUCAUCCGUCUCAAUCCUUGUAAACACUCUUGUCGAAAAGGAGCAUCUUGCUAGCAUGGUCUACUUCUGGGUCAAGAGCCACUACCAUCAGCUCAUCCACUUCACUCUGACGAGCGUUGCAACCGAGAAGCUUGCUGACGUCGAAAAACGAUUCUUUGAGGUCCUGAAAGAUCAUGCAUCGAGGCCGCUCGAUAUGGACUACCUCAAAGAUUGCCUACACCGGUUCAAGCGCCAGGUCAGGUAUAUGGCAGAAGUUGGCAACGAGGAGUACAAAGAUUCGGUUAUCAAGGACCACAUCUACGGCGACCGCAACGGCUCCCAUUUAAAGGAAGCUCUUGAGACGCUGGAUAUCUUCGAUGAGCUUGAAGCAUGGACCGAAAAAGACUGGCGGAAUUUCUUGAAGAAAUGGAUAGCCGAUGCUCACCACGUUUCCCUCCUCGGAAAGCCUUCCAUAAAGCUCUCGGAGAAGAUUAAAGCAGAUGAGGUCGCUCGUGUUAAAGCCCAGCAGGAGAAGCUAGGGGAAGAGGGCCUCAAGAAGCUAGCGGAGAAGCUGGAGGAGGCGAAGACUGAGAACGACAAACCGAUACCCCAAGAAAUAAUGGAGAAGCUGGAAGUACCCGGCACCGACUCAAUCCACUUCUUCGAGACCGUAACUGCACGCUCAGGCCUGGCUAAGCAACUUGGAACGCCGGACAACAAAAUCCAGAAGGUCAUCGAUAAGGAUGAGAAUGGGCUCCCGCUGUACAUCCACUAUGAACACAUCUCGACCUCAUUCGUGCAUUUCGGUCUUAUCCUUGGUACAGCCUGCGUUCCAACCGAGCUGAAGCCUCUUCUAGGAGUAUAUCUCACGAACUUCUUCGCGACUCCAAUCAUGAAGGACGGCAAGCGCAUCGAAUUCGAGCAGGUCGUCACCGACCUAGAAAAGGACACAAUCGAAUACAGCCUUGACCGAGGAACAGACGUCGGCAACUCGGAGAUGGUAUACAUCCACUUUGUCGCGGAGGCCGAGAAAUUCGAGAAGAUCGUCCAGUGGCUCGCUACGCUGCUCGUGGAUUCGAUUUUCGACACAGAGCGACUGAUCUCGGCGGUCAAGAGGAUGCUAGCAGAUGUGCCCGACGAAAAGCGCGAUGGUAACAGCAUGGCCUUCGCAGUGGACCGCAUGAUCCACUACGAUGCGGCUUCUUCAGUCCGCGCGACCAACACGCUCGUCAAAGCCCUCUACCUCAAGCGCAUCCUCAAGCUGCUCAAGUCCGACCCACAGCAAGUCAUCGACAAACUAGAGUCCCUGCGCAAACACCUCCUCACCUUCUCCAACAUGCGCAUCCUCGCCAUCGCAAACUUCACCACCCUCCCCUCCCCCGUCUCCACCUUCAAGCACCUCACCUCCGCCAUCAAGCCGGGCCCUUCUCCAACCAUAAACCCCGUCGACGACCGCAAAGCCGUCCUCUCAGACAUCGGCCACAAGCCCGGAGGAGUGUCCUACAUCAUCCCAAUGCCCAUCGACUCCUCCUUCGCUGUCCUGACCUCCUCUGGCCUCAACUCGUACACCAGCCCGCAGCUCCCGCCCCUCAUGGUCGCCCUCGCGUACCUCGACGCCGUCGAAGGCCCCAUGUGGCAGUCGAUCCGCGGCACCGGCCUCGCCUACGGCACAGGCUUCUUCCGGGACUUCGAAACCGGCUUGCUCAAAUUCCGCAUCUACAAGUCGCCCAACGUGUUCAACGCGUACACGCAAGCUAGAACCGUAGUCAAAGAAUACGGCGAUGGCACGCGGCCGUUCGAGAAGCUAGCGCUGGAGGGCGCGAUCAGCACGAUCGUGCGCGAGUUUGUGGACGAGAAGGCGACGAUUGUGGAUGCGGCGCGGGGCAGCUUUGUCGAUCUGGUGGUGCGCGGCGUGGGCAAGGAGUGGAGCGAUUGGGUGUUGAGGGAGGUGCGGAAGGUCACGGAGGAGGAUGUCAAGACGAUUCUGAAGGAGGUCGUGUCGGGGGUGUUUGAUCCUCAGACCGCGGAUAUGGUGUGCACCUGUGGUGGGACCAUGGUCGAGGGCCUCCAGAAGAACUUCGAGGAAGCGGGCUUCAAGAUCCAGGUCAAGCAGCUGGUGGACUUCCAGGAAGCGUAUGGAUUAGAGGGCGAGGAGGACUCUGCCGAGGAUGACGAUGAGGAUAUCGACGAUGGAGAGGACGAUGAAGAGGGCAGCGAGAGCGGAGAUUAG